AUGGUUUGCAAGUUGGUUAUUUUUUCACUCUUCGCAGUUGCAAUAAUUCAGUCCAAAAAUCAUCAGGUUUCACCGCGAGCGAUCACUGACACCGGCCGAGAAUGGUUGACAGGAUUUAUGGCGGAAAAAAUAAUUCUAGUACCAAAUAAAAUCAUGAAGGCAGCUUCACCCGAUCAAAUCAACCACAUGAUCGCGGAAGUUGCCAAAAUGAACAUGACUUUCAAGCCAGUCAACGAAAUGACGCGUACCGAUUUUGCAGAGCUGCAGCAGGAGAUUAUAACGCUUUUAAAUCACACAAUAGAAGAAAAACAUCUUGAAGAAUAA